AUGUCUUCAGGAUUCCAACCCAAACAGGUGACCCAAUAUGAGGCCUCUCAUUUGGCCGAACUGAUGGGGACCGUCAGCGAAACCAUUAUUGACUAUGGCCUUGAUCUAAUACCCCCCAUUGAGUCCACCAAUAUCAUCCACGAUAACGCCUGUGGCGCUGCGGUUGUUUCCCAAGCUAUACUAGCAAAGGCUUCACCGACUUCAGAAGGCUUCGAGAUCAGUGCAACUGACAUCAACCCCCAAUUUGUGAUGGGUUGCGAGCAGGCCGCCCAGUUAAACAAGUGGCCUGUGAAAGCACAAGUGAUGGAUGCUCUUCAAUUUUCUGACAAGCAUUUCACCCAUUCCUUCAAUAACUUCGCGUUCCAUUCCAUGGAUAUUGCCAAGCCUGGCUUGAAAGAAGUCUUUCGGACCCUCAAGCCUGGAGGCAUCGUUAUGGUCUCUACUUGGAAUGAUAUGCCGCAUAUUGAUGCUAUCAAACAUGCCCAUUGGCGCACCCGUGGGGAGGAAUGCUCUCUGCCACUGAUGCUCCAAGAUAUAUCCUUUGAGGAGGAACAUAUGAAGCAGGCUCUGGAAGAAGCCGGAUUCGACCCUGCCAGAACACAAAUCUACCACAAAGAUGCUUACAUAACGAUCCCAGAUAUGAAGCGGUGGGUACAGCUGGCUUGGAGCUAUUUGGGCAUCUUGCCUGCGGGAUGGCUCAAGGAAGAUGAGGAAAAAUGGCAAGAGGCUGUUGAUGAUAUUGUGGAACAAUUGUUGAGCGGGAAUGAUAUCUCGGAAAAUGAUAAUGGCGAUACUGUUAUGCGAUUUGGAGGGUGCAUCGCCAUAGCUACCAGAUAA